AUGAAGGACCGUGAGACCGGCCGCUCGCGCGGUUUCGGCUUCGUCACCUACGCCUCCCAGCCCGAGGCCGAGGCCGCUAUCCAGGCCAUGAACGAGCAGGAGCUCGACGGCCGUCGCGUCCGCGUCAACAUGGCGAACAGCAAGCCCGCCGGUGGUGCCUACGGUGGAGGCUACAACUCCGGCUACGGUGGUGGUGGUUACGGUGGCGGCCAGGGUGGCUACGGUGGUGGCCAGGGUGGCUACGGUGGCGGCUACGGUGGCCAGCAGGGUGGAUACGCUGCCGGCGGCUUCGGCGGUCAGCAGGGUGGCUACGCUGCCGGCGGCUACGGUGGCCAGCAGGCUUACGGUGGUCAGCAGGGCUACGGCGGUGGUGCCCAGCAGGGCUUUGCCGGUUCGCAGGGCGGUUACGGUGGCGGCUACGCCGCUCAGCAGGGUGGCUACCAGCAAGGCGGCUACUCGGGCGAGCAGGGUGCCUACGGCAGCGCUCCUCCUUCCCAGGGCCAGGGCUUUGGUGGCUACGGCGGCAACCAGGGCGGCCAGGGUGCCUACCAGUACUAA